AAAGCGGAAGUGAAAGAGCCCGAGCGUCAUGGCGUGUUGUGCAGCGGGCAGCAGAAGAAGUAGCGGGACUUUCGCAAUGUUUUCUUUACUUAGACAGACAAAACAGCGUCUUUUCAUUUGCUCUCUGUUUAUAAUAUUUAGUUUAGCUUCUUGUCCAGUGGAAGCCAAGCCGGAUACGCUCAAAGAAGUGACGGACUCGAACUGGGAGGACAUCCUGACUGGAGAAUGGAUGAUUGAAUUCUAUGCUCCAUGGUGCCCAGCGUGCCAGCAGCUCCAGCCGACCUGGAAGGAGUUUGCCGACUGGGGGGACGACAUGGGGGUCAACAUUGCCAAGGUGGAUGUGACCGAGCAACCUGGCUUGAGCGGUAGAUUCAUCAUCACAUCUCUUCCUACUAUUUACCAUUGUAAAGAUGGCAUAUUCAGAAAGUACCAUGGACCUAGGACCAAAGAUGACUUCCUCAGCUUUGUUGAUGAGCAGAAGUGGAAAUCUAUUGAACCCAUCUCCUCCUGGUUUGGCCCCUCCUCAUUUCUAAUGAAUGCCAUGUCGGCUUUGUUCAAACUUUCCAUGUUCAUCAGACGUUGCCAUAACUACAUGACAGACGAGGUGGGGAUUCCAAACUGGGGCUCGUACGUGAUCUUUGGUUUGGUCACUCUGUUUUCUGGACUGGCCUUGGGUCUGGUGCUUGUCUUCAUCGCAGAUUAUGUCUUCCCCUCAAGAAGAUUUUCCUCAUCUGAAUACUACCAGAAGAAACAAGCUGCAGAGCAGGCGCGGCUGAUGCAGGACGAUGAACACGAAGCCGACGGAGAGGAGGAAGACGAGGAGGAUGAAGACGAAGUGUGGAGACGGAGGAGAGCGCCCCAGGAAGGCCGCUCCGAGAACAUAGCUCAGCCCACAGACGGAGCGCUGAGGAAGAGAGCCGUGAGGGGCCGAGGAGCCGAAGAGGAGGAUGAGAGUGAGAGUUAGGGAAGAGCACAUUAUUUUAGUGAAUACUUUCUCCUAAAUAACUCCUCAAUUCCUCUGUUUUUAGCCUUAAAUAGAUUUGACUUGAGAACAGAUGCAGAGCUAAACAUUAGACUGGCACUUUGAAAGUACAGCGCCUAUUAUAUUUGCCAUAAAAACACAGUCCACACUGGUGCUUGUCUCUAUGGAGAUGUGUUUGCUUUGCCAGGAAUGUUACACAGUAUGCAAUUAAGCCUAUCUAUCUUAUCUCCAUGGAGUCAAGAAAGUGACGUCACCAGAUGACUCUACAGGUCAGAUCUGUGGAGAAACGAUCCUGUAAGAAUGCGUGUCUGUGGAGGUACGUUUGAGCAACCUGUAAUAGAACAAAUGCAACAUGAGUUUAAUGUGGUACUGUGAAACAUUUAGGGCAAAGCGCAGACAUCAUCUUAGCGACAAGCAGGUGAUAGACUCUCCACCAGGACGAGGUCACUGGGUACUUGGUGCGUUUGUUUUCUCUUGGCAUAUUUCGUUGACUUUGAGUAAAAGCUUUGGGAUUGAGGAGUUAUGGAUUUGAGAAAUUUGGAAGAUUGAAAUUGGGCCGUAGAGACUCGACAAGAGGGCGGCCAUAUUGGAGUGGGCAGGGCUAAACAGCAGGCGAUAUCCAAACCAACUUCAAAACUACUCCUGCUACUUCCGGCUUGUUAGUUUGACGCUUUAGAUGACAGGAACUAACUGUAUCUGUUGUGGAUUGCUCUGGAGAUGAAACCUUUUGAGAAGAAGCUGGAUUUGAAGCAACCGACCUUUGUUCCUUGGACUUUUGUAAGUUUAAGUGUGAAACGGUUUACCAUUACAGACAUACUCAUCAAGACUUGAAAUGGCAUCCUAACCGGUGAAAUGUGUGAAGCAAAUUUUUAGUCUAAACCAGUCAUAGACGAUCAUUUAACCAGGAGUAAUUUCGAUAGACGAUAAACGAUAAGAUUUAAACUAAUUUAUGCCACUGACACAACAACCCAAGAGAAGAUUUAAACCACAAAAAUCAUAAAUCUGCAAUAUUAUUAAAAACCAUGAGGUGCAAUAAAUAAACAGCAGAAUGAAACACUUUAGUUGUUAGUUUGCAUCUGUAAUGAGUCAGACAAGUUAUUAAUUCAACCUUUAAUAGCUUAAAUCUUAUCCUAAACCCAGGAAAAUUACCAAAAAUUCUCCAGUGGUGCAAAGAAAAUGUACACCACAAAAAAUAUUGUUCCAGCUUCGUAUAUAGAAAGAUAAGUGAAUAAAUGCAAGAUAGUUUAAUGUUAUACUGUGGAAUUUUCUAAGCAAAACGAUAACACCUCCAUGGAGACGAGCAGAUAGCAAACCCUCCACCAGAAAAGUUAUAUAGUGUAGCUUUGAAAAGGUCUUUAAGCGUCUAUUUAUUUUUUGCCAGUUUAGAGAACAAGCAGCAGAACAAAAAUAAUCUAUUGUUCCAGAUUUCAUCUAUAGAAACGAUAAGUUGAUCUAGUGAUUAUCACGAUAGGGCUGUAAGUACAACACAGGCUGCUGAGCAUACUGUUUAUUUCCAACUCAAAUUGGGUCAUUUUGAGAUUUUUAGACUUUGGACUAUGACUGAAGAAGAACAUAUUUCUGUUAGAUAUCUGUAUAAUACCUCAGUCGUCCAGGUCUGAUCCAUAGUAAAAGCCAAAGGUAAAUCUGUCAACUGGACAAAACUUUGUAGGAGUGAAGAUGUUUGGCUGCUCAUUCAAAGAAUUUUCAGACAGUUUGAGAUUCCACUCUAUUUCAAACCUACAUUUCAAACACUCGAAGACAGAAACUGGGUCACCCAAAGGACAAAACCCUGAGCCAUAAACAAACUAAUGUGCUCUACUCCAUUCAAUGUAGUGAAGAGGGCUGUGAGCCACUCCAUAGUACCAACAUCAUCGAGAGAGCUGCUCAGGACCCCAAUCUGCUGUACAUCUCCAUCUCAAAGACACUAACCACUCCUUUGAAGAUAGUGAGGUACAGCCAGCGAAAAAAAUGGCUUGAGAGGGGAGUUAAAGAAGCUAUUUAUGUUAGGAAACACAAUCCUUCCUUGAACAGGAAUGGGGGCCUUAGACAUAAUCUCUUCUCCAACUAUAACUCCAUCCUCAGACCCAAAGCAAACAAAGAGAACAAUAGAGCGAGACAGUAGGGGCAUUAAAGGUUGAAUGUAGGCCUAUUAAGGCUAAAACUGGAAACAAUACCUGUUUACAGUUUCAGUGUAGUUGCCCCUCCCUUCAGACAGAUAUAAGGCAGUGUCCAGCAGUAAUCUGACCAGAACUGAAGAAGAGGCUUGGACGAGCAGUGAAACAUCUUCUCUCCUACAGCGGUUCGGCCAGUUGAUAGAUUUAACUUUGGCUUUUACUAUAUUUCUGUUAGCCCCUCUCUCUUACUCCCUUCUCUCCCACUGAUGUUGCACCAUGAUAAAGAAUGCUCUGUGGAAUAGUCAUAGGUAGUAGUACAAAGUUUAAUAAUUGGGGUUGUGUUUGGAGUUCAUAUUUUUAACAACUACGAGGGCGUUAACAUUUGAGGCAAAACUGAAAUUUGAAUGGUUUAAGACAAGAAUUCAAUGCCAUUUAGAACAACUUAAGGUUGUUCUAAAAAAAUAAUAGGUAAGCGUUUGUUUGGCAACGGGAGCAUUUGCUUUGUUCAUAGAGGAUUUUCUAUUGGCUAAACAACUGCAGACUUUGCUUUUUCAUUUUGGUUCAGUUGUGAUACACUGGGCAGCCUUGGUCACAGGAAGUUGUUUGCACAUGAUUCUCAUCCAACGACAUCUCUAAUUGAAUAAAAUGGCUGUCACUUUUUAGUAGCUUUUGUUUGGUUCUUAUUUUACAAACAUCUUAAUGUGUAAAGGCAACAUCAAUGUAUUUUUUUCCUCCACAUUCAUAUACUGUACCAGAAGUGUCUUCUUAUACAUGUUUUAAUGAAAUGUUUGGUACAGGCCCUUUACAGUUGAGUGUGGUCCACAGACUAUGUAUAAAUGGACAUAGCUAACCUGCUAGCCGCUUCGUUCUAAAUAGGAAGUCAGUACGCGCUUCUGGCUCCAUCGACUCUGACUCCAAUUCACUUUAUCUUGAAAAACUGUCCCCUCUCUCUGUAACUGCUGCUGUCAGACUCAUCAUUUUAGUCUUAGAUGUUCAUAUUAACCCGCUCUACAUGAUCCUGUGGUUUUAAUUUUGCUAUUGUCUGUAACUCAAGAUAUGAACAUUAAUAACAGGCAAAUCAGCUGCCUUCUUUUCCCAAAGUCGCUCCUGCUAGCAUUAGCAACAGGUUUGAUUUACAGCGUUGCUAAGUGCCCGCUCACUGCUAAACCAGCGGUGCGAGUGGGAAGGGGUGUUAUCUUUAACAGCCUUGCUCCAGAUUGGCUCUUUGGUUCCUAUGAUACUCUAAAUGUGAAACUCUACUCCAAAUUGGCCUCUAGAACUGCUAGCCUUAAUGAGCUUCAUUUGGAGCUGAACGCUGUGGGUGACGUCACACUCACUUAGUCCACUUGUUUAUACAGUCUGUGGUGCAGUCGCGUUGAUGAAUAACUUCGGUCUAUGCAUUGUUUAUAAUUGUGUGUUUGGGAUUUGUCCUGGUUUGUGUUCAGAAAUGUGUUUUAUUUCAAAUACUGUAGAAUUUUACUGUUGUAUAACUGUAAAUGUUAUGGGUGAGGCAAACAUUCAUGUUUCCGUGCGAAUGAUGAAAAUAUUUAAUUGUUUAUAACAGUUUGUACAGUUGAAGCUUACAUGACUUCGUUGCUGGGUUUCAGAAGGCCUCAGAGUUUUGUUUACGCCUUUAGUGUUUAAAGAUGCACUGUGUAACUUUAAUAAUGAAGGGUAACCCACCUGCUCCUCUCCAUGGAGAUGUAAUGUUGCCUGGAAUGGUCCACUGUGUGGCGUUAUAUUUAUCUGUAUUGAGAGACAAGCAGGUGUCAGGGUCCCAUCAGAAAAAUUACAUAGUGCAGCUUUAAUUGAGGUGUGGGCAGUCUUUUUUUUUUUUUUUUUUUUUUUAAAGAUGCCGUGUGAUCAAAACAUGUGUCUAUGGAGAUGUUGAAUGUCCUACAAUGUCCUGCAUUACAUUUAUCCAUUUACUGGUAUUUUUUAAGAUAAAGAAAACAUGCACGCUUACUGCUCUUGGGCUUGCCUCUUCACAGAUUUAACUUAACCAUAUUGUGGAGCGUGCCAGGUACAGCAAUAACAUCUCCAUAAGAGAAAAGUGACAGAAUGCGCCUUUAAGUCUCAGUUUAUGUAUGUUUGAGUAACUAAAAUAUGUUGUAUUUUACCACUCAAAAUCAAAUGGCUCAUAUUUCAG